CCAACACCGUGACUUAUUUCGAUUCUUUUGUUUCAAGACCUCCUCCCUCCGUUAGUCUUUGCUUCCGUCACAGUCAAACCGAAGCCGGCCUACUUCCCCAACAACACCACCAACUUCUCUUCCCCUCUCGCUCUCUCACCAUUCGGCAGAUGAUCGAGCCUUUCUGAGAUACAGGAACAUCGGAGAGAGAGAUAGAGAGAGGGGUAAAUAGGAAGGAAGUAGAGGAAAAGGGCAGGUCGUGCGCCAUGGGACAAGCCUUCCGCAAGCUCUUCGACAGAUUCUUCGGCCCCGUCGAAAUGAGGGUUGCAAUGCUUGGAUUGGAUGCAGCUGGUAAGACAACUAUCUUGUACAAGUUGCACAUUGGGGAAGUUUUGUCAACGGUUCCAACUAUUGGUUUCAAUGUAGAGAAAGUCCAAUAUAAAAAUGUGGUAUUUACAGUCUGGGACGUCGGUGGACAAGAAAAAUUGAGACCCUUAUGGAGGCAUUACUUUUGCAAUACUGAUGCUCUGAUAUAUGUUGUUGAUUCCUUAGACAGAGAAAGAAUUGGGAAUGCCAAAGAAGAGUUUCAGGCUAUCAUCAGGGAUCCUUUCAUGCUCAACAGUAUCAUAUUGGUAUUUGCUAAUAAACAGGAUUUGAGAGGGGUGAUGACUCCAAUGGAGAUAUCUGAAGGGCUGGGUCUCUACGAUCUGAGGAACCGUACUUGGCAUGUUCAGGGAACCUGUGCCCUCACCGGUGAUGGCCUCUACGAGGGACUCGACUGGCUAGUGACAGCCCUGAAGGAGUUGCAAGACUCAGGAAGACAUUGAGCUGGCAUCUCCUCCUCCUGUUUACAAACGUUCAGAUGACCUGAAGCUGAAGAGUUGUGUGUAUAUUUCCUUUCUUCUUCUCCUCAAUGCCUUUGGAUUUGUUGGGGAUGGCAUCUUGACUGAUUUAUUCUGAGAUGUGAGUAAGCUGUUCUCAGUGUCAGUUCACAAUGGCUUGUGUAUGAUGUUGAAAGUUGUCUUUUGAUUGUAUCUAACACAAAUGCUGCCGCAUGAUAUCAGAACUUGUCAUGAUUCAUCAAUUUCUGUGA